CGCGCGCCGUGGCGUUAAUACAUAUUUGUUCCGCGUUCAAUUUACGUAAACCCGAUAUUGUUUCAAACAUACGCUCAGCUGAUCAGUGACAAUAAGUUCAUAUACCGGCUUCAACUGCAAAACGACCAAGUAACGUUGUGAACUCGUGUGUGUUAAGUAAAAACCGGACUGCUAUCGAAAAUAUCUCGACGUUGAAUGUAAAAAUAUACGGCGUCGCCUGAGACCCUUCGCACCGCGUGUGACUGAUCGAUAUUUUAAAUGAUAACAUGGAUUCAAUUAGGUGUUGUUUAAGACGACGGUGAAGUAAAUAUUGUGUGGAGUGAGUGUGUAGUGGCGUGACAACGUCUGCCGCCUGGCGCCCGAGCCGUACUCAGCGAUGCGGGCGUGGUAGCAGCAUGACGAUGUGGGUGUGGUGGUUGGUGGCGGGCGCGCUGGUGGCGCGGGCCGGCGCGCUGCAGCCGCGCUGCCAGGAGAUCACUAUCCCCAUGUGUCGCGGCAUCGGGUACAACCUCACCUCCUUCCCCAACGCACUCGACCACGACACGCAGGAGGAGGCCGGCCUAGAGGUCCACCAAUAUUGGCCGCUAGUCGAGAUCAAAUGUUCCGCUGACCUGAAGUUCUUCCUAUGUUCUGUAUACACACCGAUCUGCAUCGAAGACUAUGCAAAGCCCCUGCCAGCGUGUCGCAGCGUGUGCGAGCGGGCCCGGGACGGGUGCGCGCCGCUGAUGCAGAAGUACGGGUUCCAGUGGCCCGAGCGCAUGGCCUGCGAGCGUCUGCCGCGGUCGGGGGACCCGGACCAGCUGUGCAUGGAGGAGACGGAGCGCGGGCGCGAGCCGCCCCCGCCGCCGCCCGGGCGCCGGCCGCCGCGCCCCGCCUGCACCGACCCAAAAAACUGCGCAAGCGCUGCGGGCGCCGACGCGGGCCCCGCGUGCGCCUGCGCGUGCCGGGCCCCGCUCGUGGGCGUGCGCGCCCUGCACAACGGCAGCGCGGCCGCAGGCGUGGCGGCCUGCGCGCUGCCGUGCCGCGGCGCGUUCUUCACGCGCGAGGAGAAGGAGUUCGCGGCCGUGUGGGUCGCCAUGUGGGCCGGCCUCUGCGCCGCCAGCACUCUCAUGACCCUCACCACCUUCCUCAUCGACUCGCAGCGCUUUAAGUACCCCGAGCGGCCCAUCGUGUACCUGUCCGCCUGCUACUUCAUGGUGUCGCUGGGCUACCUGGCGCGCCUGGCGCUGGGCCACGACGAGGUCGUGUGCGAGGGCGCGCUCCUGCGCACGUCGGCCAACGGGCCGGGCGCCUGCACGCUCGUCUUCGUGCUCGUGUACUUCUUCGGCAUGGCGUCGUCGAUUUGGUGGGUGGUGCUGUCCUUCGCGUGGUUCCUCGCCGCGGGACUCAAGUGGGGCAACGAAGCUAUCGCGGGCCACGCGCAGUACUACCACCUGGCCGCUUGGCUUAUACCCGCUGCCAAAACCGUGGCCGUGUUAUUGGCUGGCGCCGUCGACGGCGACCCUGUGGCCGGCAUCUGCUACGUCGGGAACUCGUCCCCGGAGAACUUGAAGCGUUACGUGCUGGCGCCGCUCAUCGUGUACUUCGCGCUCGGUGCGACGUUCCUGCUGGCCGGCUUCGUGUCAUUGUUCCGUAUUCGCUCCGUGAUCAAGCGGCAAGGCGGAGUCGGCGCAGGGUCCAAAGCAGACAAGCUGGAGAAGUUAAUGAUUCGGAUCGGCGUGUUCAGCGUGCUGUACGCGGUGCCGGCGGGCGUGGUGAUAGGCUGCCUGGCGUACGAGGCGGGCGGCCACGAGCAGUGGCUGCGGCGCGUGGCCUGCGGGCCCGCCUGCGGGGCGCGCCCGCUCUACUCCGCGCUCAUGCUCAAGUACUUCAUGGCGCUGGCCGUGGGCAUCACGUCGGGCGUGUGGAUCUGGUCGGGCAAGACGCUGGAGUCGUGGCGCCGCGUGUGGCGCGGGCCGCGCGCGGCGCGGGAGCCGGCGCCGGCGGCGCGCGCGCUGUUCAAGGACGUGUGACGGCCGG